AUGGCGAGCCCCGACGCGUGCAAGAGCCUCGCGGAGCAGCUGCGUCAAGAGCGGAAGAAGCUGACGCUUUUUCAACGACCUCUGAGCGUCUUGUACCACUUCAGUAUCGUGUUUUUGCGCUUUGUCAAGUGGCUGGCACUCCGGAUCCAGCGCAGUUCCGCCACGCGCUUCGUGCUGCUUCCACUACUGCUGCUGUGGCUCGUGGCCUCGAGUCGGGACGGACCGCACCGCCCACUCUUGGACGAGAUCAAUCAGAGCGUCAAGUUUGUGGUCUGGUGGGUCGGCCUGGGCGUGCUCUCGAGCGUGGGACUGGGUACAGGUAUGCACUCGGGCGUGCUGUUCCUGUUUCCCCACAUUUUCCUGGUCGUGCAGGGCGCACAGGAGUGCCAAUCACUGGACUUUGAUACUCGCCAUCAUAUGUGGUUCCACCCGUUCGAAGCCAAUUGCACUCACGUCCCUCAAGUCUCGACCGUCACGUUUGCAGCGAUCUUUUGGAAAGUCUUUCUUCCUUGUAUGCUGUGGGGAGCUGGUACUGCUGCCGGAGAGAUUCCACCUUAUGCGCUCAGUCGUGCUGCAAAACUUGCAGGGCAACGCAAUGAAGAGUUUGAAGAGAUUGCUGAGGCCACGUCCCAGUUUAACCUCAUGAACAGCAUGAAGAACUGGAUGAUCCAGUUUUUGGAAAAGCACGGCUUCUGGGGGGUCUUGCUCAUGUCGGCUUGGCCUAAUAUGGCCUUCGAUCUCUGUGGCAUCUGUUGUGGACACUUCCUCAUGCCAUUCUGGACAUUUUUUGGCGCCACGCUGAUUGGCAAAGCACUGAUCAAGGUCAAUGUGCAAGCCGCGUUCUUCAUCACCAUCUUUACGGACGCGCACCUGAAGCGAGUGGAGGCACUCAUUGGACGUAUCACUCCUGAGCAGUGGGGACUUGGGUCCCGAGUUAGCGAGUUUCUGCUCGAGUGCCGCGAAAAGUUUCAUUCGGCACAGGUCAAGGCAGCCGCAGAGCAUGCGGGUGUAGCUGCGGCUCCUACUACCAGUCUGGUCUCAAAGCUAGGCUCCUGGGUCAUGGUGCUUUUCAUUGCGUACUUUGCAAUCUCGUGCAUUGAGCAGUUUGCUCAGCAGCACGCGGCCGAGGAGGACGAGGAGAAGCUCAAGAAGCAGAAGUAA